CACACAGGUAGGAGGCAGAAGGUUUUAUUGCGAUGCUGAAGUGAAGGCUGGCAGUUCAGGGUGUGUUUGUGUUUGGCGUCGACUCUGAACCCUGAACUCUCCUUGUCUCCUCGUCACCUGAGCGUUAAUGAAAACUCAGGGGAAGUAAAACCGUGGCAACCAUCCAGAUGGUGAGGAACCACUGCAGCUUCAUCAUCAACAACACAAACAUACCGUGAUCCUGCAGUGGAGCUACAACGCUAAUGGCACUAACAGGUCUGGUGUGUGUGUGUGUUCUCCUCUCUAUCCCGUGUGUGGUGUUUGGGUCUCAGAGACAAGUCGAGUGUCCAUCAGUCAACAUCACCCAUCAGUUUCUCUUCCACUUCUCCAACGAGACCCACUGUCUGAACUUCACUGGAUCUUCAUUUCUACGUGUCUUCUGGUCUUCAUUAAGAUCCACACCCAAUCUUCAGGUCCUAGAUGCAUCUUUUUGUAACAUCACACAGAUCCAUGACACGGCUGCCGGCUCCACUCCUGCUUCUCUACGAGAGGUUUAUUUAAAUCAGAACCAGCUCAGGUUCCUUCCUCCUGACUUCCUUGGUGAUGCUGUGGGUUUGGAGGUGCUGGAUUUGGGGCAGAACUUCCUGGAGGAACUUCCUGCCCAUUUCCUAAUGAAUGCUAAAAAUCUGCGAGUUCUGAUUCUUCGUGGAAAUCUGUUGGAAUCACUUCCUGCCUCAGUCCUCAGACUUCCUCUCCAGCAGAUGGAUUUAUUGGGAAACUCAUGGACAUGUUCUUGCUCUUUCAUGAAGGAUCUCCACUCUGCUGUGGAUCAAGGCAACUCCAGCAUGUUGCAGGGCAUUGUGGGUAACCUGAUUUGUUCCUCUCCUGAAAGACAUUCAGGCAAGACGGUGUGGUCUGUCCACAUCGAUGAAGUUUGCCGCCUUUCAGGCCUGAAUGCUCUCUUCAUCCUGCUCCCGCUUCUCUUCCUUGUUCUCCUGAUGCUCUGCUGGUGCUGUGGGAGGAAAGACGAGAAGAAAAACUCACCAAAAUUCGGGACUGUGAAAAACAGAGAUUUAACCAACGAGAGCACAAAAGACAACAUAUUGAAGAACCAGCUGAUAUUCCGACCAUCAUCAGCUCUUCUGGGCAGCACGAGGGACAUAUAUGAAGAAGUGGAGGUCAAACUGGGGUCAGUGGACUCUCUGGGACCUCCACCCUCCACUUCAUCAGGUAAAGAGCAGAACCAGGAACUGGACAGUAAGCAGGAUUUAGAGACGGUGAGUGUUAGUGAGGUGAUGAGGGAUUCAGCAGAUCGAGAGAAAGCCUACAUGACCCAGUCCACUAAAUACUACAGCCUGGUUCCUGGGCUGGAGCUCAACGACUCGGACCAUAGCGAGUUUGAGAACAUGGAUCUUUCAUGAAGUUCUGUUUUCACUGCCACACAUUUCUGGAAAUUCCAACAGUUUCCAAAUGUCUGAGAUCCCUGAAAAGAGAACCUCUCACACGCACAAGUCCAAAAAAUCUCCAGUGAUUGCAGCUGAUUUUAGGAACAUCAGUCUGGAGCUUGAAUCCUGGCAAAGAGGAGAACCGCUGUGUAAAGGAUCUGAUGAAGGUCUCAGACAUUUCUAUGCUUUAAUGCUCUGAACUCGUUCAUGUGUCGACUCUGAAUCAGAGUAAAAAUGAUUCUUAUGAUUUUUUUAUGUAGUUUUUCUUCACACUACACACACAUCAACUACACAACACUACACACAUCAACUACACAACACUAAACACAUCAACUACACAACACUAAACACACC